AUGCUCAAAUCGACCUACACCCCGCCUCCUCCAUUACCGCCAGGGUGGACGGAACACAGGGCCCCUUCAGGUCACCUGUACUAUUACAAUUCCCAAACGAAGCAAUCCACUUAUACGCGACCGCAACCACUCCCUACUCCAUUGCAGCCGGCCGCAACAGAAACCGCACCACUUCUCACGCCGGAUACAUUACCGCCCUUCUCGUCCACGCCAUAUACUGCGCAAAGUUUUGGAGUCGGGGGUGGAUUCACGGGAUCUCACCAUCAUCCUCACCAAGGUCAGACUCGGGGAGGCUUCCGCGGCGGGAAAGCAUACCAAGACCGCAGAUCUCGGGGGCCAGAGGACAGACCGAAAUCGAAACAUGCUAUACCCGGAUGUGAACCUUGGGUAUUGGUGAAAACUAAGCUUAAGAGGAGAUUUGUUUAUAAUACAGAAACCAACGAAAGUUUCUGGAAGUUUCCCCAAGAGGUCCUCAAGGGAGUCAUCGAGUACGAUCGCAUCGAAAGAGAGAAGAAAGAACGCAGAGAACGUGGCGAAGUGAGCGAAGAAUCAGAGACGCAAAAAUCGGAAGCUGUUCCUGAAGAACCCGGACCCGAACCAGCCACACGUGAGGCUCCUGCGGAGGCCGCAGAAGAGAGCGAUGAGUAUGAAGAGGUGGAAGUGACAGACGAUGAGGAAGAUGAGGAGCAACCGUCAAAACGCACAAAGACGGACGACGAUCAACCGGUUGAGUUUACCGAAGAGGAUAUCGAGUACCAGCUUGCCGCCAUGGGUGAAGAAUACGGGCUCGAUCCUGGUGAAUACGGGGAGCCGGGCGAGGAAGGCUGGGAGGAGGGUGCUGAAGGUCUCCCGCUGUCAGAUGAUGAUGCUGUAGCGCUCUUCCGCGACCUGCUCGAUGAUUUCCGCAUCAACCCCUAUUCACCAUGGGAGAACAUUAUCGAAGAAGGUCGUAUCAUAGACGACAGCAGAUAUACAGUGCUUCCGAAUAUGAAAUCCCGACGCGAAGUCUGGUCAGAUUGGAGCCGUGACCGCAUCCAAGAACUCAAAGAACGCAAAAAAAACCAAGAAAAGCAAGAUCCCCGCAUCAAAUACUUGGCUUUCCUUCAAGAGCGUGCUACUCCUAAGCUGUACUGGCCGGAGUUCAAGCGGAAAUACAGAAAGGAGUCUGAAAUGAAGGACACACAUUUAUCUGAUAAAGACCGGGAGAAGUUCUACCGCGAACAUAUAUCGCGCCUGAAGCUUCCCGAGAGCACAAGAAAGUCGGAUCUUUCGGCUCUGCUCAAGUCUAUUCCAUUGCAAUCGCUAAAUCGCUCAUCGAGCAUCUACGCUCUUCCCUCCACUAUCAUUACCGAUAUCCGCUACAUCUCACUAAGCCCUCAACUACGCGAUUCGCUAAUCGAAACAUACAUCUCUACGUUACCGGCAGCACCGGAACAAGAACACAUGAGCGCAGAGCAACAAGAAGAGCUCGACAGGAAGAGAGCUGACCGGGAAAAGCGUGAAAAGGCCCUUGCGGAACGCGAGAAACGGGUCGAGGAGGAGAAACAGAAGCAACGAGGCGACCUUGCCCGUGGCAAGCACCUUCUCAAAGAAGGUGAAGCUGAGAUUGAAGAAGCCAUGCGCAUCAGAAAAGAUGGGCUUCGAAGUUAUCUCGACGCUGAAGAUAAGUCCCGAGAAGGUGCGGGAGAGGACGCGGAAAAGGUGACAUGA